GCGAGUUCGGUCGCACCACCUCGGCACCUCCCCUUCCCGACGUCGCGCGAGUAUUCACGAGAGGGUGAAAGGGGUGGGGUAAACUUAUAUAAGCGGACGUUGGCUUAUCGCAUUCCGCGGCACAUUGCGUGAGACGAGUCGGCCCAACCGGUCCACCUCGUCGUCGUCCAUCGUCCCGUAACGUACUAGGUUAUGUCGCGUUGACGUCGGCGUGCAUCGUCGAGGAAUACGCGGAUCGCGGAUUGAAAGAUUCGUACGUGGCAAAUCGGUCUCUCCGGUUCCGUGAGACUCCGAAGCGCGAGGAAGUCGCAGCCGGUCGUUCAAAAGGGAGUCGCGCCGACUGUCCCCGUCCUCCAUUAAAGGAUCGCGUGCACGCUCCGUCGAGAGAGUGGCUCACUGCGCAACGCUUAUCAUUGACGACCACGCCAGAAAAAGAAAUAAAGGACCUCUGCUUUUCUCGCGGCGGACGUGACGCGGAGAGAGAAGAAAGAAAGAAGAAACAAAGAGAGAAAAGAGACGCGUCCAGAUCGACGCGCAGAAUCCAAGAGAGAACGUACAUAAAGCUAUACGAGAUGUCGGCGUCUCCCAUCGCCAGACAGGCCACCCAGAGCCAGAGCAUACCAUCCAAGAGGGUCGUCAUUCACGAUCCCAAUCAACUGCCGACCGACUACUCGUCCACCCCCGGGGGCACGCUCUACUCCACGACGCCGGGAGGUACUCGCAUCGUUUACGAACGCGCGUUUCUGAUGAACUUGCGGAACUCCCCGAUAUCCCGAACGCCACCGCGGAGCACGCUGACCAUACCGUCGGAAUUGCUGAAGGGCAACACGCCGGCCAUCACGAAAGAUCACCCCGCCAAAAAUGUUAAUAAAGACAACAACUCUCUGGUGAUCGAGGAGUCCGCGGAGCAGUUCGAAAUGGAUAUGUGAGGCAACGUGCCAUCGUUCAUGACGAUUGAAAUGUGUUCGUAGCCACGUUCGAGAGCAUUGUCGGAUCAGUCAUACGGCAAUCGCAUGGAUUACGUGGCUAACACGCUUUAAUUCUGUGCCUUUUUACCAGUGGUCUUACUAAGAAUUAUUAAUCUUUAAAAGAUUUUCUCCUUCACGGAAGGCCAUUGUCUUAUAUUUCAUAUGUAUUGUAUACAAAUCAUUUAAUUCUCAAGACGCUAGUUCUUGACCGAUGUUAAUACGUAUAUUUGCAUAUAAAGAACGGCCGUGGAUGUGAAGGUGCUUAAUGUCCGCGCGACAUUAGCGAUCUGUUUACAUAUGUCUUCCUUUUAUAAAUGGCCAAUGCGACGAUUGUAACGUGUGUUUCGUAAGGAACUUGUAUCUGUGAAUAAAUGAUACAUAUACAUGUUUUAUACAUA